CACUAAUGGUCCAAGAGACUUUUUAGCCCCCGCGAUAUUAACUUUCAUUCCACAUCAGUACACCUCUCUGUUUCCGGAGCUGUGUCAAUAUUGAAGUUUAUUUCCAUGUCUCGAACUCGUCAAAUACCGUCUGAGCCAGCAAGUAGUUCUCAACUGGAACUGACAGAGGAGCAUACCGAGACUUCGUCAGCUGUUCCAGUUCCAGCAACGCUGAGGUUAAGAGGAGCAGACGAGCCUGCGGCUAAUCGGCUCGAAUUGAAUGAGGGCAAUUCUCGACGUAUACGCUGGAGUGAAGAUGUCAUAGAUAACGAAGGAAUGGGGAAGAAGAGUUCCAAAGUAUGCUGCAUCUACCACAAAAGCCGACCUAUUGGCGAUAGUAGCUCCGAAUCCGAAUCCUCGGACUCCAGUACUUCUAAUUCGGACACAGAUAGCGACGACGAAGCGGCCUGCCAUAGAAGGACAGGACACCGCCCGCCUACAGCGCAGGGAGAAAACUAUGCCUCUUCUGGUCAGAGGCUAUCCUCGAACAGUGAAGAAAGAACCUGCCGAUCAAGUCACCGUGCGAGGAAAACGAAACGAAAACCAAGCCCAAAUGCCUAUGAGAAAAUGCCUAAGACCACAAAGGGUCGUUAACAUAUUCGAGAUCUUUGGCAGACUAACGCUGUGACCCAUCUUCAGUAUCCAGCAGUUAGGGUCUUCCGCAACAGUGUUUGUUAUAUGCUAUGAGGGGACUAUUCUGUAUUACACAAUGCGAUAACGACAUCAAGUGACAUGCCCGUCAAAUCCGCAUCCUCAGUACCCUUCGAAUGGAAACCCAUACUGACUAUCAGGGUCAGUCUUUUCUUGCCUUGUCCCCUGAGCGUCCUUGGGUCGCACCGAUGUCUCAUAGCACUCC